AGAAACGGUCAAGAUUGAGCCAUUUGUUACUGUGGCCCCAUUACCUUAACGGUAAGGUGGUUACUGAUUACUGAUUCAUCAUGUAGCUACAAAACAAACUUUAGCCAUUGAAAUUUUUGGCAUUUAUAUAUGCACGUGUGUAUGACUCAAAAUGUGUACGAUGACUCAAAUUGUUAUUGUGUCUGAAAAACAACUCCAGAUGUUUCUUGCCGGAAAAGUACACAAUGGGCCCAAGGAGGAAACGGCGAGAGAGAGGAGAGGGACAUCGUGAGAAGAGAAAUGGAACAAUAAUUUUCUUUUGAGUAUAACCAAGGUUGGCAGGGAGGGAUUUAAAUACCACAUGAUGAUUUCCUGGACCGACCUGGAUUUGCGUCUUAGCAUUUGUAGCACUGGAAAUAUGGUUAUCCUUCUUAUCUGUUAAAGGAAAUGGUAAAAAAAAAAAAAAAAAAACAUUCAGGACUGUGAGUAACUAUAAACUCAUGCACAGUAGUCAUCAUAGUAGUACUAUAUGAUAUAAAUUUGGAGGGAAAUGCGUAAGAUACAGUCAAAACAUGAUGCAGAGUGAGGGGGAAACGACAGGAAAACCCGAAAGGUAAAGGCAGUAAGAGGGAUGGAGUUAUUUUCAGACGUGGUUUCCUGCAGGUGAUGGAAAUGAAACAAUCUUCCCUGAAACAAUCACUCCAGGAAAGACUGAGGGAGGUGGAGAAUGGUGGAGGGGGUGUGGGAAGUAGAGUGUCAGUCCUGAUUAAACUCAAAUAACGAAAACAAUGAAACUGGUUUAACAACACAGUCUAAUUGUAGAGCUUAAUAUUUGGUGUAGUGGAGGAUCGGAUACUUAGUUGAGAAGGCGAUCCUAUAUAUGUUAUAAUCACACUUAUUAAUUGAUGUGUCACAGCAGAAGGCGGAGGGAAAGGUUGAGUGACCCAAGACGCCUCCCACUUUCCCUCCCUCCUCUUAUAAAAGGACUGAGAGCGACUGAGUAAUGCUAGAGACUCAGAGAAAGUAACUGAGAAAACUUCAACCUGAACUUGAGGAUUAAAUCAAUAAAUCAAGAAUACAUAUUAAUUUAGGUUGCACCAGAGUAGAGCUGAGCAGCAUGAAAUUUUUCCACCAGCUGAUCCUGCUGCUGGUGACCCUGUCUGGAACUAAAGCUACACCUCUUAGACCUAAGCUACACAGACCACUCCAGCCAAUUACCUCUACUUUGGAGAGGGGUGUCCCGAGUUUAAAGGUUGAAAAUCUGGAGGCUCCGCAGCCAGAACAUAUUCUGGGCCUAAUGGUGCUGCACAACUCUCUGGGACAAACGGACAGCACAGAGCCCAGAGUCCGCCCCCGGCGCGCUCCAUCACGUGGCUGUCAGCUUGGCACCUGCCAACUUCACAACCUGGCCAACACGUUGUAUCGUAUCGGCCAGACCAAUGGAAAGGACGAGUCCAAAAAGGCAAAUGACCCACAGGGCUAUGGGAGAUAGGAGAGGAAGUGAGGGUCAAAUGACAAUAAGUAGGCCUAUAACU